AAACAUUGAUCAGGAUGAAAAUUCUUAUUUUACUCUUUGCUUGUUUCAAUGUAAAUUUUUCUUAUAAUUUUCUAAUUUUCUCUCCAUUAUUUGGUCAUAGCCACACAACUUUCUUUGCUAAAAUUGCGGAUACUCUUUCUGAAGCUGGGCAUAAUGUAACAUUUUUCACACCUACAAUCAUCAGAAAGUUUUCGAAGAUCAACUAUGUGAAACACACAAAACACGUGAUCCACCUGGAACCCUCUGAAAAGCUGGAGCGAUACGGAAAUCAGAUGGAAGAUGUGGAUAUAUCCAGAUUUUGGACUGAUGACUCUUCGAUGGCUGAGAUGUUUCCAAUGAUUAAGCUUUUUAAUGAAAUGUUUGCUGAGCAAGCAUUUGUAUUGGGGCAGAAUCUAGAUGUGCUCGAUGAGCUCAAAGAAAUGAAAUUUGAUGUAAUGAUUUUUGAAAGAUUUGCGGAAUGUGCAUAUCCUCUGCUUGAAUAUCUGGAAAUUGAAACAUUUAUUCCAUCGUCAUCAUUGUUAUUUGAUCCAAAUUUAUUAAUAUCAAUUGGAGAGCCAAGAAUACCGAGUACAGUACCACUUCCUAUGUCCAAAUUCACUGACAAAAUGACAAUGACCGAGCGGCUUCUCAAUGCAAUUGCUGUUCCAAUUUUCCAUUCGCUUCUUCCAACUCACGAAUUCAAAUCAUUCCGCCCUCCAUAUCAAGCCAUUGAUAUUCAGAAAAUGGAACAUUUGAGCUCUUUUAUACUCAGUAAUUCCAAUCCAUAUAUUGACUAUCCCCGUCCAACAUUGGAGAAAAAUGUUCAAAUUGGAGGAAUCUCAGUUGAUGUUGAGAAUCUAAAAAUCCACAAAGUGAAUGAAGAAUGGGAUCGAAUUCUAGACAUGCGACAAAAAACUAUUCUAGUAUCGUUUGGCUCUGUCAUGCUCUCAAAAGAUAUGCCAGUGGAAAAUAAGAAAAUUUUGGCAAAGACAAUGAAACAAUUUCCUGAGGUAACAUUUAUCUGGAAAUACGAAUUUAAUGAUACUGAUUUAUUUGCAAGUGAGACUGAAAAUAUUCACUUUUCAUCGUGGGUUCCACAAACUGCUCUUUUAGCCGACCGCCGUCUAACUGCAUUUUUCACUCACGCAGGGCUGGGAAGUGUUAACGAAGUCAGUUACUUGGGUAAACCUUCAAUAAUGUGUCCAAUAUUUGCUGAUCAAAUGAGAAAUGCCAAAAUGUUGGCAAGACAUAAUGGUUCAAUUGAGAUCUCGAAGUAUGAUCUGGGAAAUGGAGAAAAAAUUGAAAAAACUUUGAGAACUAUUCUGUUUGAUGAUUCAUAUCGAUUGUCAGCUGAGAAACUAGCACAUCAACUAGCAAAUCAACCUGUUAAACCCAAGGAAUUACUGUUAAGGCAUGCUGAAUUUGCAGCACAGUUCGGGCGUCUACCAUCUUUGGAUCCAUACUCUCGACAACUAUCUUUUGUUGAAUAUUUUUUGAUCGACGUGGCAGCCAUCUUGAUAUUUUCAUCUUUGCUGAUUGUUGUCGUCUUGUUCCAAAUUAUAAAAAGGCUGAUCAACUUCCUCCCAGUCACAGUCGAUUCACGCAAAGUCAAGACUAAUUGAAUUAGUUUUAUUUUUACGGCACUACAACUUUUGUGAUGUACUUUGUAGUAUGACAAGUUGUUUUCCAAUAGGGUUAUAUAUUUGAAAGUCAUUUAUACAAAUCUUCGAGACAAAAUGAAGGGUUUCUCUUUAUA